AUGUCCUUGCCGAAUAUUGCCUCCUGGAACGUGAGGGGGUUCAAUAACCCUCUUAAGGUUGGGAUGUGUAAAGACCUUAUUAAAACUCAUAGUCUUAAGCUUAUUGCUGUUUUGGAAGCCAAAAUCCAUCCUAAUUGGGCUUCUGAUCCGUGGUUUGUGCAUUCGCAUUCUCUCUUUGCGAAUGAGCAAUGUUGUGACAAUUUCAGUCAUUCUUCCCCGGGUAGAAUCUGGAUUAAAUGGGACUCUACGCAGGUGUCAUUUUCUCCUUCUUUCUACUCCUCCCAAAUCAUUCAUGGUACACUCUCGGCUGGUUCUUCUCCUCAAAUCGUCUUAACUGUUAUUUAUGCUGCCAAUCUUCCUGAAGACAGGAAAGAGCUUUGGGACAAUCUCCUGACGCUUUCUCACAGUAUUAACCUUCCUUGGGUUAUUAUGGGCGACUUCAAUUGUUGUAGAUUCGAAUCUGAAAAGGUUGGUGGUGCUCCGCUGAUGCAGGGGAGACUGGAUGAGUUAAAUAACUAUGCCAAUGAUAAUUUAGGAAGGUUACAGGACAACUGGUCCUCUUGGAUUAAGCAGAGAGCCAAAGCUUAUUGGCUCUCUCAAGGUGAAGAUGAUCUUGGCUUUCUUUAUGCUAAGAUUAGAGCCCGGAAUAACAUAAACAAUAUUAAGGAGAUUAUUUCUCCUAAAGGGACUCUCACUUCUCAUAGUGACAUUGCUGGUGCCUUUGUGGAAUACUAUUCUGAAUUAUUUAAUGCUCCACCUCCUGUUGUGGAUUGUUUUGGUAAUAUUCCUGUUGGGGAGGUGAUCCCUUCUCAUCUUGUUGAUAUCCUGGUGGUUCCUAUUUCUGAUAAAGAAAUUAAAGAUGUGGUCUUUGCGGGUAAGACUGAUUCCUCACCUGGACCGGACGGUUUUUCUUUUGCUUUUUAUCAAAAAUCUUGGCACAUCAUUGGGUAUUACCUUUGCAUGGCGAUUAAAGAAUUCUUCCUUUCGGGUUGUAUGCCUAAAGGGGCUAAAGCUACUGUGAUUACUUUGAUUCCUAAAGGAUCUCAUGCAUCUUCUUUUGUGGAUUUUAGGACGAUUUCGCUUUGUAAUGUGUUCUAUAAGAUUAUCGCCAAGAUUAUUGCAAAUAGACUGAAACAGAUUAUGCCUCACAUUAUUCAUGAGAGUCAGUCGGGUUUCAUUGCGAAUAGAAUUUCGACUGACAAUAUUAUUUUGGCCACGGAAGUGCUUAAACUUUUUAAAGGUCAUCACAAGUUUUUUUGUGCUAAGCUGGAUAUCAAAAAAGCUUUUGAUUCCAUUUCUAGAGAUUUCCUUUUGGAUAGACUGAGGCGGAAAGGAUUUCCUGAACUUUUUAUCAAAUGGAUUCAUGGUUGCAUUUCAGACGUUUAUUUCUCUAUUUGCAUCAAUGGCUCUUUAGAAGGUUUUUUAAAUCCUCUUCGGGUCUUCGGCAAGGAUGUCCUUUAUCCCCCUUGCUUUUCUGUAUUGCCAUGGAUGGCCUCUUUGUCUAAUCUUACUUGCCUCAAGGCCACUCUUACUUCCUUCAAGGAGGCCUCGGGUCUCUGUAUUAACCCGGCUAAGAGCUCAAUUUUAUUCUCAAAGGCUGUUGACAAUCCGGAUAUUCUGGCUAAUUCUUUGGGGAUUUCUAACCUAGAGGAUAUUUUUACUUAUCUGGGCAUUCCUAUCACUACUCAAAGACUCAAGUUUUCUCACUUCCAACCCCUACUGAGCAAGCUUUCUGCUCUACUUGAGGGUUGGAAAGUUAAGUUUCUUUCUUUUGCAGGACGUGUUCAAUACAUCAAAUUCACGAUUGCUAAUACCAUUGCAUACUGGAUUAGAGGUGAUAUCUUACCCAAAGCCUGUCAAAAGUUCAUUUCAAGGAUUUGCUCUAAAUUUCUUUUCUUUGGCAAUCUGACGGACAAGAAGAUGCAUAUGAUUUCUUGGAAGAGAGUUACUAUGCCUAAGUCCAAGGGGGGGCUUGGUAUUCCCUCUCUGGACUCGAUGUACCAUGCGUUUGCAUUCUCGUUUAUUUGGAGAUUGAUUAAUACUAAUUAUCUGGUGGGCUGUUGGUUUAAGAAUAAUUAUGAAUCUCCCUGGAAGCCUCCUCCUCCUUCGGCUUCUAAAUUUUGGAAAUAUAUAUGUUGCAAGGCUGUUGGUUUUAAGGAUUUGGUUAGCUUCAAGGUUGGCACCGAUUGCAUUUACUCCUUAUUUUGGGACCCUUGGUUCUAUGGUGAGCCGCUGGGUAAAAGUUUUUGUUGCCCAACUGGUUUGGGUGGCUGUGUAAAGGAUGUGAUUAUGAAUGGGACUUGGAGUCUUCCCAAUUCGUGGUCUAUUAAUAUUCGUUCCAGAAUUUUGGGCAUUCCGAUUCUUGAAACUGAUAACUUGAUGUGGGUUGGCCCUUCUAAGCCUACUUCUAAGUUUUUCUCCUCCCAUUUCUACUCUUCCUUAGAUAAUGUGGAUUGGUAUAAGUUUGUUUGGCAUAAAAAUCACGCCAUUCGUUUUGCUUGUUAUGCCUGGAUGGCGAUUCUUGGGAAACUUAAGUGUGCUGAUUCGUUGAUUAGGAGAGGGCUCCAGGUUAAUCCUCUUUGUAAUUUCUGUUCGGGUCAUUCUGAAACUCACUCGCACUUAUUUUUUGGGUGUGAUUUUACUUUUGGAGUUCUCGCUAAGCUUAUGCCGGCUACUAAUGCCUUCUAUUUAAGACCAAACCUUUUUCAGGUGUAUGAUUUUAUGUGGAACAAUGCUAACUUAGCUGUGUUAGAGAAAAAGUUUGCUUCUCUUGCCAUAUCAGCUAUUGUUUAUUUCCUUUGGAGAGAAAGAAAUCAGAGGCAAUUUUCUGACGUAAGAAAGAGCAUUAACCAAGUAUGUGAUGAUAUUUGUGUUGCGGUUUGUGCCAAGGCUAAAAAAUGGAACAAUCAUGAUGGUCUGGAUGGAAAAUUUGGUGAAAUUCUGGCUUUUUUGGGAUAA